CAAUGUGGAGGGGAGAGUCAGCUGAGAGGAGAGCUGAGAGGACUUUGUGCCUGCGGCGUUUGCUUGUGUACGGUCGAUCGCUGAGUGGGUGGGUCGGCUCACUGAGGAUGUGAAAUCAACAUGGUCAGGAGGCACUCCAAAUAUUAGUAAUCAGCUGAAAGUGAGCACCAUGGCCGGCUUCCAGCUGCUCUUCCCGCUUUUCGUCAGCUAUAUGGCAGCAUCCCUUCGACUUCCACGCCAGCUCCACGAAUGCCAAAUUGUCCAGAUGGAUGUGUUUUGCAGCAAUCGCAGCCUAAGAUGUGCACCAGCCAACCUUUCUCAUGGUAUCCAAACGCUAGACCUCUCGCGCAACAUGCUGCAAAACCUGACCCUUGAAACUCUCGCGUUUCAUACCAGCCUCCAUAAUCUGAAUCUCCAUUCGAACAAGAUCCAGUUCAUCCAGCCCGAUCUGUUCAAAGACAUGACGAAUCUCAAAGUCCUAGAUCUGUCCAGGAACUAUCUGGAUGUUUUUGCUCUCACCAAAACCUACAUCGGGCCUCUUCCAGCUGUGGAGUCCCUUGAUCUUUCAAGCAAUGGACUGUAUACAGGAAUGACAGACUACUUUUUGAGUCACUCUCCAUUACUGGAAAACCUUUCUCUGAGUGGCAAUAGUAUCACCAAAAUAGCAAAAAACACUUUCAAUGGAUCCUUGGGGUUGAGAGGCAUCAACCUCCACAACAACGUCAUCUUGGAGAUCGAGGAUGGUGCGUUUGACUCAUUGCACAAUCUGACUGAACUUGAUUUGUCCAAGAACUCAAUCACCUGCAUCACAGACUUCAAUCUCUCCAAGUUAAAGGUGCUUAAUCUUAGUAAGAACAGCAUGGAGACUUUCCAAACCGCAGACUCUGAUAUAGAAUAUGACCUGCUCUACCUUGAUCUUAGCGAAAACAGAAUUCCUUAUUUUCCUUUGCUCCCUAGAAGGAACAAGAUUGUGUAUCUGGAUGUUUCACGAAACCAGCUCUAUAGUGUCAAUGUUACAGGCCCAGCAGAGGAACUGGCAAUCUUAGGUCAUAGUUCAUCUAAUUUAAGAACCAGACAUCAACUGCUCUCAAAUUUGGUAUACCUGGACUUGAGCUACAACCAACUUAAAAGCAUACCACUGUCCUUUAUCUGCAGUAUGUUAUCACUGGAGGUCCUGAAUGUGAGCAAUAACUGUAUUAGCUCAUUUUAUGUAGAAGACCUUCUACCGCAGGUAAGGGUCCUAGAUCUCAGCUAUAAUUCCUUGCAGAACUUUUCAUUGGGGGAAAACACUCUGCAACUACUGGAGGAGCUCUUCCUACAAGGAAAUGCCCUCACCACACUGGACCCUCAAUCAUUUCAAAGACUACCGAGCAUCAGAUACUUGCAGCUCCAGCAGAACAAUCUGAAAAUCUGUAGCUCAGUGCAAAAUAAAACCAAACCACUCCUGAGAGACGAAAACCACCUGCAUCCACCAGAUUGUGUGUCCUUCUCCUCUAUUCCAACCUUGCAGUACCUGUACCUCUCUGAGAACAGCCUGAAGGUUGUGCCUGCGAAUGCCUUUUACAACACCCCUCUGAAGUUACUGGACCUUUCCCUGAAUCCAGGGCUGGAGAUGGACCCAAAUUCCCUCUCCGGUCUUGAGAAUUCCCUGGUUCACCUCUUCCUGAGGGAAAAUAACAUUUCCAAACUAAUGACAGACCUGUCUUUGCUUAACCAUCUCAAAUUUGUGGACCUGUCAACCAACCAGCUAACCACUCUCCCACUGUGGAACAAAGAAUCUUCCAUUGAGUCCCUGAACCUGCAAAACAACAACCUGGUCACCCUGGAGUACAACACGGUGGCUGCACUGGAGCGCUCUCUAAAAACCCUCUACAUGGGCUCCAAUCCACUCAGCUGCUGCAGUAACCUUCGUUUCCUCCACAUGGUUCAGCGCUCUGCUGUGGUUGUUCCAGACAUCGAGACUGUGACCUGUGUCUACCUGCAGGACUCAGAGCCGGUGAACAUAGAGAGGGUGACGCAUGAAAUGUGUCGCACUCUGGACAGUCGAACUGUGAGCAUAAUUAUCAUCGUGGUGAUAGCAUUGGUGUUGAUUAUUGUGCUGGCACUGCUGGUUAAGUUUUGCCACUCAAGGAAACGAAAGCACAACAGAGGCUUUAAUGCCUGAUGUCUCCAAAAUGAAUGAGCCUCAAUGUACACUAGACAAAAUUUUUGGACAUCCGGCCACAGUCAAUAAGUUGAUAAAUAAAUACAGUUUCUAGUUUAUUGAGUAUUAAAGGGAAAAAUCCACCUCGUAGCACUGCUAAUGGUGUUGUACAGUGCAUAUCUGGGCCCAUAUUUCCCUGUGGAUAACUAGCCAUAGACAACAUAACAUCACACUGAGAUAUUUCAAGUGAGGUUUGCAAGGGUUUGAUGGCCGAAAAUUUCCAGCUAUCUAUAAAUGUUAGUGAUGUUUGUGUCCCUCAGAAUCAACCAGCAGGGGCCUCUUUCUAGAGCCACCAUUUCGCACUAACAUUCAUACAACAGUCAUACAAGAAGAGAUCCAUUGUACAGGAGGUAGAAACCAACACUUCCACUGACUUUAGUCUCAAAAACCAGCAAACAAUGCAGCCACAAGACAUGUUCUGUUUUGAAUGAGGGUGAAAGACAUUUGUGGAAAUGUAGGAAAUUAAUUAAGUGAAGGAGAAAAGGGCAAAACAGGGUGAGGGAAAGUUGGUACCCCAGAAAAAGGAAAUUACACUUGAUCACAAAAUGCAUUAAACACCGCAAAAUGAUGAAAAAUAACUGUGUAAGAGUAUCUGAGUGGGUAUUUUUCUUGUGUGAUAAACAGAAAGAAUAAAACACUACCAAAUAAGUAGAAUUAAAAAUACUCUUCAUUCAUGAAAAAUUGAGUGAGGAUCAGAUUGUGAUGCACCUUGUGUAGGUGUAGGGAGUCAUUUUAGGUGACGGCACAAAGUCCGAGAGAAUGUCUUUUCAAAGCAAUGCCAAGGUUUCCUUUAACCGCUGUAGUUUGCACUUUAAUUUCCUUUCGUGUGUACCUUUGUCCUGUUUGUGUGAUUGUAUUUUGUUCUACACUAAGAAAUGAAUUAUGCAGGCAUUCCAAGCAGAGGUUCAUAUGUCAAUAUAAUUUAUUGUUAUUUUUUUACUGGCCAUUCCAAAGAGUAUAUUUUCUUUGUUACGAGAACAGGGAAAAAGUGAGAGAAAUAUAGGUUGUGACGGUUUGAUCCCAGGCCUGCCAGAGGAAUGCGGUUUCUCUGGACAUAAUAUGUUGUAAUUUGAUUUUAAAAUGUUUAUAUAUCCAUAAGGGUUGAAGCUCAAAGCUGGAAGUAGCACUGAAGUCAGUAAUGCUGUGAUGAGGCCGUCUUCUGCAAUUAUAUUUGCUGAUGUUGGAAUGAGCCUGUCAUUGAGCGCUGUAUGGUGGUGGGCAACAGACUUUCUCUCCAGGAUCCACAUUGUCCAGCAGGUUUAUCAGGCUUGAGUCUUGAGCCAAAAUGCUGAUGUUGAUGAUGAUUAUGUAUAUUGUUGUUAUUAUUAUCACCUAGUUAAGCUGAUUUGUUAGUCUUCUCAUACUCGGACUGACCUCUGUAAACAAUGUAAGCAAUGUUUGUGAAUGAAAUGAAGGCCAUUUGCUAUAUUGUGUGACAUCAAUCACUACCAGCCUAUUUUAAAUAAAUUUGUACUUUAUUAUUUAGCCAAUGAGUGAAUUAUAUUUUAUUGUAGCAUAUGG